GAUAAAACUGAAUUGUUCCAUGUAAACAUGUGGCGAAAAUAUGUAUUGUAUUUAAACGAUAUGUUGUUUUACAUUUCGUUGAGGAGGAAUAACGUCACAUGUGUUUGCAUGUUAAAGUAGAACCUGUUCGUUAGCGAGCUACCAGAGCCUAACGUUAGCUGGCUAUCUAGUUUGCUUUUUGGCCAGCCUGUUACAGUUGCGCUCUAGUGUAUUGGCACCCUUSUACGUUUAUUUUAAAUAAUUCAAUACGUCUUCAAAUAUAAGUUACAAUUAAAUAAAUAUAAAAAUAAACGUGUUCACACGUGUACUGUGGUAAGUUGCAGGUAUUUUUACAAGGUAAAAACAGCCAUUCAAAUAGUGUUGAAAAGAGAACAGGAUAUUCCGCUUCAUUAUAACGUUACCACUGUGAACAUGGUGAAGGGGAAAGAACUCUCUGAGGAUGUAAGGAAUUUGAUUAUAACCAAACAUGGACUUAAGCAAGGUUACAAGUCCAUCUCCCGAGACCUUGGGAUUGCUGUUUCCACAGUUCGUAAUGUUAUCAGGAAGCAUGCUGUCCAUGGAGUUGUAAUCAACCUCCCAGGACGUGGUCGUAAGAAGAAUCUGGUUCCACCGGUUGAAAAKGCAGAUCGUUCUGCAUCUAUCCAAAAUAAAAUGACAUCUGUUUGUGAUGCCACCAAUGAAGACAAGGAGAAUGGUUCAGAGUCGACGGAGUGUCAGGACAAGGAACAUCCACGGGUUCUCAUCCCAGAGUUGUGUCGUCUUUUCUACCAACUCGGCUGGGUUACUGGGACAGGAGGAGGGCUAAGUUUGAGACGUGGAGAUCAGAUCUAUAUCGCCCCAUCUGGAGUCCAGAAGGAGAGACUACAGCCAGAUGAACAUGUUUGUCUGAUGUGGAAGAGAGACAUCAGCUCCCCACCCCCCUUGAAGAAGCUGAGAAGAGCCAUUGUGAGCUCUCUGUUCAUAAAUGCCUUCACUAUGAGAGCGGCGCAGGCCGUCAUCCACACCCACUCCAAGGCUGCCGUCAUGCAACUCUGUUGUAUCCUGCAAGAGUUCCGCAUAACUCACCAGGAGAUGAAAGGAAUUCGCAAGGGCACCUCCAGCACCAACUACAGAUAUGAUGAAAUGCUUGUCCCCAUCAUUGAGAACACCCCGGAGGACGACCUGAAGGAGCGCAUGGCGCUGGCCAUGGAGCAAUACCCAGACUCCUGUGCGGUCCUCGUCCGGCGUCACGGCGUCUACGUGUGGGGGGAGUCCUGGGAGAAAGCAAAGACCAUGUGUGAAUGUUAUGACUACCUAUUUGACAUCGCCGUCCAAAUGAAGCAGAGCGGAAUGGACCCUUCAGCACCACCCAUUGAAGAGAACCAUUACUACGAUGUCCAACAAUCCCAAUAAAUGGAGGCAAACAAUCAUGGCCUAAAAUUAACACUUGCCAAAUGUGUAUUUUCCUCCAGCCGUGUCGCCGGGUGGUCAGGACUCCACAGUGCUCCAAGUAUUUCACUCGCAUUUUGUGAAUAUAAAAAGUGAAGUUUGAUCACAUUUAUAGUAACAUAUAUGCUGCAGUAGCUGUUUUCAAAAUAUAUCUGCCAUUUUUGUUUCAUAGCUGGUAAUAUAUAGCCUGUUCCACCUCGCUCUGCAACACAGCCUGGCUGUGGGCUGUGCGCACKUGAAGAGCUGAGUGAAAGAUUACAUUUUUAGAAGCGCUGUGCACCGGCAUAAAAGUUGGUCUAAUUUACUUGAAAAGAAAGUCUACUGAAGUGAAACCCUGUCCUUGUGUUUCUUGGCUAUUUACAUUGUCUUUUUUUUUAGCUUGUGAACAAAACUGACUGGCUGUUGUCAAAUUGACUGGGCCUGAGCCACACACGAACCCAUUGUGCUACAGCCACAGGCUUUAUUUGACGAGAUUUGCUGGCCUCAAAAAUAUGACAUGUAGCUCCUUUUUAAAAUUCUUUGUGGUGUAAGUUUAACUCAUCUCUUUUUAAAGCAAGACCUAUAGGGGCGGUUGGUGUGUCAUAUCGCACAAACGCCUGUCUGCACUUAUAGAGUUCAAAUUUAGCGGGAGUCAACUCGGGUUAUUGUCUUGCAUACUGCAAGUCAAACAGCCUGACAGAUGUGGAUUGGUCUCAGGCGAACAGAUGUUCACAUAAUAAAGGACAACAUGAAUCAUGUCUGAUCAAUAAAGAUGAGGGUUAAAGUGUGCAA